AAAAUCAAGUCCAGGUAGAACUGCGUCAUAUAUCGAUCGAGGAAGUAUUUCACUGACAACAACAUCUUACUUUGUUAUUAUUGACAGUGUAGUGUUAUCAUAAACUAAGGUUCAUCUGAUAACACAGACAGAAAAGAAUGUCAACAACGACUGCAAAUAUUCCGAUGUCCACCCAAUAUAUGCCACAAAUGGUGGGAAUCCAACAGGCUCCACCUGUUGGACGACAACACCAAGCAUUUCCAGUGAGAACAUUUAAGGUGUUUGGUGGUGUACAGAUUGGUCUUGGUCUUCUUCUUGGUCUACUUAGUUUGAUUGGAGUGAUUUUGGAUAUUAUUUCAUGGAACAAAUACGACGACUGUAUCAACAACUAUAUGUAUACUCAUUACGACCCUUACAACAGUGGCAGUUAUUAUUAUAAUAGUUAUUGGUUUUGUCGUCGGUAUAAUGAUGUGCACGCACUAUUUGCAUUUGACAUAACUUGCCUUAUAUGUUCUGGAUGGUAUGUUGUUACUGGAUUUCUGCCCAUGUGUAUGUCACGGAAGAGGGAGGCAAGCUGGAUAUGUCUGAAAACCGGAUUUAUGGUGUGUAGCAUAAUUGGAGCGUCAAUUUUCGUUCCGACUAUGUUCAGUCUUGGAGUGGUUGGUUCAGUUAUAAGAGGAAAUAAUGAUUCGAAAACUGUGAUUUUGUCAGCAUUCAUGGCUGUGCUGUCCUUUGCAGAAGUAGUAGUGGCCAUCAUUGCUGCUGCAUUCUGUUGUUGCUGCUCCGCGUGGGGGAACUCAAACCAGCAGGGAGUUGUAAUCAUGCAAGGCACACAACCAGGAAUGUUUCUUAACCUACAACAGACUCAGAUUCCUAUGGCAAACAGUUACCAGGUCAUGAUGGGUACUGGACAACAAGCUAACCCAAUAGUUCAAUAUCCUACAGCGCAACAGUAUCAAGUAAUGACAACAACUCAACCUACAGAACAGCAGGCUCAAGCUGUUGGUGGUACACAACCAGAACCGAACGGUGGACAGGUUUUUAAUACCAACCCACCAGCCUACAAAGAAUAAUGGACAGAUUUUUGAUACCAAUCCACCAGCCUACAAAGAAUAAAGGAAAUAUAAUCAUCCCUUUCUUGCCAUUGUGUUUGUUUGUUGUGAAUAUCAAAGACUAUAAAUCUUCAUAUUUUUACUAACGCUGGUACACGAUUAUGUAUAUAUAAAAAAGAGCUUUGAAUUACUUUGCCUUUUUAACCUAGUAAACCAUUUUAUAUAUGCAGCCAUAAGGCUAUGAAAAGUUUUCGCUUUUAACUAGCUAAACAUACUUAUAAAGUGUGAUCUUAAUUUUUUUUAUUUUAGUAUCAUUGAAGACAAUCAUUAUCACUAUCCAGAUAGAAAAAAGAAUCUCUAUAUUGUUUGUUAAUGUCAUUUAUAUGUUUAUAUAUAACUUUAGUGUCUAUAAUAAAGUUUGUACGAUUGAAA